AUGCCAUUCGACACUGAGCAUUUUGAGACCCUUCAGUUGCACGCAGGCCAAGAACCAGACAGUGCGAUAACUUCCCGUGCUGUCCCCAUUUACGCAACUUCAUCAUAUGUGUCCGUGAUUAUGAACAUGGUGGUCGUUUAUUCGGAUUACAAGAGCCGGGAUACAUCUACUCCGGAAUGAAGUACUUUUCAUGUGUUUGAAAAGAGAAUCGCUACAUUAGAGCACGGGAUCGCGGCGAUAUGUACGAGUUCCGGUACCUCAGCAGCUUAUAUGGCUUUGGAAACCUUGGCCAAAAGCGGCAAUACUAUCGUUUCAACAUCUUAUCUUUACGGAGGGACCUUCAACCUGUUUGAAGUUACUCUACCACGUAUUGGCAUAACCACUAGAGUCAUUGAGGGCGAUAUUGUCGAAAACCUGGCUACGCAAAUUGAUGAGAGCACAAAAGCCAUUUUAUAUCGAGUUCAUUGGUAACCCCAUGUACAAUGUUCUGGACAUUGAACGUAUUGCCGAGGUUGCACAUGCUGAUGGAGUUCCUCAGCUAGUCGACAACACCUUCGAGGCUGGCGGGUACCUUAUUCGUCCCAUCGACCACGGAGCAGACAUUGUUCUUCAUUCGGCACCAAGUGGAUUGGCGAUCAUGGAACGACGAUGGGAGGAACAUGCAAAACGGUUUCCUGAACUAGUACAGCCACAUCCUGGUUAUCAUGGACUAUGUUUUGUUGAAGCGUUUGGAAACGUAGCCUACGCUUAUGCUGUUCGGACCCAAGCUUUUCGAGAUGUCGGUGGUAAUGCUAGCCCGUUUGCGGCUUUUCUUUUGAUUCAAGGGCUUGAAACUCUUUCUUUACGUAUGGAGCGCCACACCCAAAACGCUUUUGCCCUUGCAAACUACUUGAACAAUCAUCCACGCGUUCAAUGGGUUUCCUACCCUGAUAUACCUUCGCAUCCUUCAUACGACCUUGCCAAACAGUACUUGAAGAAAGAUUUUGGUGCGGUUUUUAGCUUUAUAGCCAAAGGAGGACCUGACAAGAGUCGCAAAGUCGUGGAUUCUCUGCAACUCGCUAAUCAACUUGCCAAUGUUGGUGAUGCCAAGACUUUAGUCAUAACACCCUGCCUAUACCACGCAUUUGCAGUUAAACGAUUUUGA